AUGGGUUUUGGUUUCUUUGGCUCUCUAUUGAUUCUUUCACUGUUCUUCAAGCCUUUGGCUUGUCAACAACAACCCAAUACAGAUGGGUUCUUUAUCUCUGAGCUUUUGAAGACCAUGAGCAUAACUUCUUCUUCACUGUACAACUUUUCUGCUUCUGUUUGUUCAUGGCAAGGCGUGUUCUGUGAUGCCAAGAAAGAAUAUGUUGUUGAGUUUCUGGCUUCUGGUGUAGGCCUUUCUGGCUCUAUUCCUGAUACCACCAUUGGUAAACUAAGUAAGCUCCAAACUUUGGAUCUUAGCAGCAACAAAAUCACAUCAUUACCUUCAGAUUUGUGGAGUUUAGGAUCUAUCAAGGUCCUCAAUCUAUCUUCAAAUCAGAUUUCUGGGUCCGUCCCCAACAACAUUGGCAAUUUUGGUGCGCUUGAAACGAUUGAUCUAUCAAGCAACAAUUUUUCUGGUGAAAUCCCUGCAGCAAUAAGCUCCCUUGUUAGUUUGAGGGUUCUUAAACUUGACAGAAAUGGAUUUGAAGGAAGCAUUCCAUCGGGAAUUCUGAGUUGCCAGUCACUGUAUUUUAUUGAUCUUUCUAUGAAUAAGCUGGAUGGGUCCUUACCUGAAGGUUUUGGUGCUGCUUUUCCUAAGCUCAAAACCUUAAACCUUGCAGGAAAUGGGAUUCAAGGCCGGGACUCGGAUUUCUCACUAAUGAAAUCCAUCACUAGCCUUAACAUUUCCGGGAAUUCGUUUCAGGGUUCAGUUAUGAGGAUGUUUCAGGAGCUGUUGGAGGUGAUGGACCUGAGCAAGAACCAGUUUCAAGGUCACAUUUCUCAGGUACAAUUCAAUUCUACCUACAAUCGGUCUCGUUUGGUUUACUUGGACUUGUCAGAGAAUCAGCUUAGUGGAGAGAUUUUUCAUGCUGUCAGUCAGGCCCCCAAUCUCAAAUACCUUAAUCUUGCAUUCAAUAGAUUUACUAGAGAGGAGUUCCCGCGAAUUGAUAUGCUUGGGGAAUUAGAAUAUCUCAAUUUGUCUAAAACCAGUCUCAUUGGUUACAUUCCGAGUGAAAUCACACAAUUGAGUAAUUUGCACACGCUUGAUCUUUCUCAGAAUUAUCUCAUUGGCGGAAUUCCUCUGCUAACUAUCAAAAACCUUCAAAUUCUUGAUUUGUCACACAACAAUUUGAGCGGAGAAAUCCCAGUGUCCCUCUUGCAAAAACUCCCAUGGAUGGAGAGCUACAGUUUCUCUUACAACAAUUUAACCCUUUGUGCCACAGAAUUUUCCCACGAAACCUUCCAAACACACUUCUAUGGAUCAUUAGACAGCUGCCCAAUUGCUGCAAACCCAGGCCUUUUUCAAAGAAAAGUCACCAACCACAAGGGAGUCAAGGGACUAAAGCUUGCUCUGGGUUUAGCCCUUUCCUUGGCCUUCUUGCUUGCCGGACUGCUAUUUCUUGCCUUUGGUUGUAGAAGGAAAUCCAAACUGUGGAAAGUAAAGCAAACCUCGUACAAGGAGGAGCAAAAUAUUUCAGGCCCUUUUUCCUUCCAGACUGAUUCAACUACGUGGGUUGCUGAUGUUAAGCAGGCAAAUUCAGUCCCGGUGGUGAUUUUCGAGAAGCCAUUAUUGAAUGUCACUUUUGCAGACCUUUUGUUUGCAACUUCAAAUUUUGAUAGAGGCACCCUUUUGGCUGAAGGGAAAUUUGGGCCUGUUUAUAGGGGAUUUCUUCCUGGAGGAAUUCAUGUAGCUGUAAAAGUGUUGGUGCAUGGAUCCACACUGACAGACCAAGAAGCUGCCAGAGAACUUGAGUACCUUGGUCGAAUUAAGCACCCCAAUCUCGUUCCAUUGACUGGGUACUGCUUAGCUGGGGAUCAAAGAAUUGCCAUAUAUGAUUACAUGGAGAAUGGGAACUUGCAAAAUUUGCUUCAUGACUUACCACUUGGGAUUCAUACAACGGAAGAUUGGAGCACAGAGACAUGGGAAGAAGAUGACAAUAAUGGAAUUCAAAAUGUUGGCUCUGAAGGGUUAUUAACAACCUGGAGAUUCAGACACAAAAUUGCACUAGGCACUGCUCGAGCAUUGGCAUUUCUUCAUCAUGGCUGCUCACCUCCAAUUAUUCAUAGAGAUGUCAAAGCUAGUAGUGUGUAUCUAGAUUAUAACUUGGAGCCAAGAUUAUCUGAUUUUGGCCUGGCCAAGGUCUUUGGCAAUGGUUUAGAUGAGGAGAUUGCUCGUGGCUCCCCUGGUUAUGUUCCACCAGAGUUUACUGAUCCAGACAACAACAGCCCUACUCCGAAAUCUGAUGUAUAUUGCUUUGGAGUUGUUUUAUUUGAGCUAAUUACUGGGAAAAAACCAAUUGGAGAUGAUUAUCCCGAAGAUAAAAACUCAACUUUAGUUAGUUGGGUUAGAGGAUUGGUAAGGAAGAGCCAAGGAUCCAGAGCAAUUGAUCCGAAAAUUCGCAAUACUGGACCAGAACGUGAAAUGGAGGAGGCCCUCAAGAUUGGAUAUCUGUGCACAGCUGACCUUCCCUCAAAGCGACCAAGCAUGCAACAGAUAGUUGGACUUCUCAAAGAUAUUAAUCCAACAACUCAUGAAUGA